AAAAGCAUUUCUCUUGUUCUUUGUCUGGAUUUUUUUUAUAUUAUAUACAACUUUAUACUGUAUUUUUAUUUAAGUUUCUGAAGAAAAUUUUCCAUAUACAUCCUGCAAAAUAUUAACCUGACAUACUGCAAACCUUAAAUUUACUGCAGAAUUUUCUCAAUUCAGGAGGAACUUCUAAUUAUUUGUCUCCUUUGUCUGGUAUUAAAACAAAGGUUAUCACAGGGAGCAAGUAAUUUACAGCACAUACUUUGUUUUGUAGGUGUCAGUUCCUCAGUAGAAAUGAUGACAGGUCGUGUUCCCUGCGCUGGCUCCAUCUGCACCCUGGGGAAUAAAUCAUCCUUUUGUCCAGAGCUCCUGUGCUUUGAGAUAAGACACUGUUACGUCAGUGGGGGUAACCAAAGUCUAAACACUGGAAAUAGACUCCUUUUUAGGACAAAGUACAAUCAUUUAAAUAUUUAAUUCUCAAAUUUCCUCUGUAAAAAUCCCCUUUGGAUUUUUAAAAGUGUUAAUUCAAGUUGAGGAGGCCAUAUGAGGUGCGGCUGUCCAUUGUUGGAGUCACACACUGCUACAGUUUUAAAUGGCAAUCAUCAGCCGCUGAAAAGUGAUUGUUACAGAUUUGAAAAAGUUUGAAUGGUGGCACAAGCCGCUGCAGAUUAAGGAAGCCUGUGUGCCAGAUCCUGCCACGGCUUCAGCGGGGGAGCAGAAAUUAAACUCUAUUGUGUGGUAAUGGCUGUGUGUAAUCGCUCUGUUUGGAGCCACUGAGGCAUGAACGCCCAUAGCUGGACCCAAACUCUUCAUCCGCAUUAAAUAGACAUCUACAGCAGUGCUUGAACUGUACUGUCCAACUGCUAAUGCAUUAUACACAUCUUAUUAGCACGCAGCUGAUUUUGGGUGGUAUUAUGUGUUGUUUUUAGAUCGUUGCCGGGUUGGGUUGGCAGAGGAGACCGGGUAGAGGUGCCAAACACUGAUACAGAUGGUCGUAAUGAUUCAUCUGCCACGAUGAAUGUUUGCAUACCUAAUAAAUGCUUUCUGACAGUUGGCAUGUCAAAAAUGAAUAGAUGACAGAGUCAAAAGUGCGGAAUGGUAAUGAGGCGAAGACCAUCAGUGACACUGCAAUUAGGCUCUUCAUUAAUUCAGUCGCAAGUGGUGAACAGUUGGUGGCAGAAAAUAUAAUCGACAUGCAAUUAAUUGAUUUUCUCAAUAGGAGCGCGUUGCUGGAUGAGUUGUUAAUCAAUAGUGACAACAAUGUGCUCAGCAUGCAAGUAACUGAGAGGGCAAAACAAAUUAAUAUGUCUUUUAACUGCUGAAUUAUUUAGCUUGAAUGUUCUCUUUUAUAAGAUAUUUCCAGAAAGUGAACAGGUGGAUGUGUUGUACCGUAAAGAUCCCUGCUAUAGAAUGACAUUCCUUAAAUCUGACUUGGUAUUUUUCAGUCAUUUCAGCUUUUCUCUGCCAGCUUAUUGUACUUAUCAAAUGCACAACUUAUUACUGAUAAGAAAAUUAUUCAUGAGAGGCACCUGGCAAAGUACAAUCAAAUCAAAAAAUAUCCCCAAGUUUGAAACAGCUUAAGACUAGAUAUGAGGUCUUAUAUUGGUUAAGGUCCCAUUGACCAAAAUAAGGUUAAACAUGUCUGUGAAGUGUCUGUGCACAACUGGACACAAGUACGUCAAUCUCAAGACUACAAAAGCUCCAGCAGCUCCUCCCUCAACAAAGCUUAUGUCAUCAACUCUUUAUAAUCAUCCCUCCAGCAGGUGUUCAGAAGCUGCCCACACUGCUCUGCUUUACUUUCUGUUCUGAUCUAAACCCCAGUGGUUCAUACAGAGAAACACAACCGGUGCCUUGCAGCAUGAAGUGCCUGAACAACCGGGCCGACAGCCACCUUACCGGGCAGGUGGAGCACGAGUUGGACAGCGUGGGCAAUGGCGCCUGGGUGAACCAGGGCUACUCCGGCUCUCCUCCGCCCCUUCCCAGAGUCGUCAGCACCAUCUACAACCCUCAGCCUCUCUUCCAGGGCUCCAUGGAUAGCAUUUACAAACUGGACACCCCCGGCCCGUUCCACCAUCCAGCAGAGGAACCACCAUCCACUGAGAAAGGUCUGGUGAAGAAACAACGAGGCUGCUGCUCUUUUAUCAAAGGUUUGUGGGGCACAACAUUGACCGAAAACAUCUCCAACAACAGGGAACUGUUUGUCCGAACAACGCUACGAGAGUUACUGGUCUAUCUGGUGUUUCUGGUGGACAUAUGUCUCUUGACAUACGGUAUGACCAGCUCGAGCACCUACUAUUACACUAAAGCCAUGACGGACCUGUUUGUGAAUACAGCCGGUGAAAGCGGGGUUAGGUUUCAGUCCAUUGGCACCAUGGCUGAUUUCUGGACUUACGCCCAGGGCCCAUUAUUGGAUGGCCUCUACUGGACUAAAUGGUACAAUAACCAGACCCUAGACAGCGGAGACCAGUCCUUCAUCUACUAUGAAAACAUGUUGCUUGGAGUCCCCAGGAUGAGGCAGAUCAAGAUCAAGAACAACUCCUGCAAGGUCCACAACGACUUCCAAGAUGAGAUCACAGCAUGUUACGGUGUCUACAAUGAGAAGAAGGAGGAUGACCUCAGCUUCGGACUCAUUAAUGGUUCUGCCUGGACCUACCACACGGAGAAAGAGAUCAAGGGUUCCUCUCACUGGGGCUUGUUGACGACCUACAGUGGAGCCGGAUACUAUCAAGACCUGAGUCGGACCAAAGAGGAGAGCGCCCUCAUUCUGAUGGAGCUGGUGGACAACCUUUGGCUGGACAGAGGAACCAGAGUAGUCUUCAUCGACUUCUCCACUUACAAUGCAAACAUCAACAUGUUCUGCAUCAUCAGGUUGGUGGUUGAAUUCCCAGCGACCGGUGGAGCGAUCCCUUCCUACCAGAUCAGAACAGUCAAAUUGAUUCGCUACAUCACCAACUGGGAUUACUUCAUCCUUGGGUGCGAGAUGGUCUUCUGUUUAUUCAUCCUCUACUACAUCGUGGAAGAGAUUCUUGAGCUGCGAAUACACAAGUGCUCCUACUUCAAAAGCAUCUGGAACAUACUGGAUAUUGUUGUCAUAAUGCUUGCCAUCGUCGCCAUCAUAUUCAAUAUUUUCCGGACCGUCAAAGUAGACAAGUUGCUCGGCAAACUGCUGGAACAACCCGAUAUCUACGCUGAUUUUGAAUUUCUGGCAUUCUGGCAAAUGCAGUACAACAACAUGAAUGCCGUGAACUUGUUCUUCGCAUGGAUCAAAAUCUUCAAAUACAUCAGUUUUAAUAAGACCAUGACUCAGCUUUCGUCCACACUGGGUCGAUGUGCUAAAGAUAUCCUGGGAUUCGCCAUCAUGUUCUUCAUCGUCUUCUUCGCUUACGCUCAGCUUGGAUAUUUGCUCUUUGGGAUGGAGGUUGAAUCGUUCAGCACCUUCGUAAAGUGCAUCUUCACACAGUUCAGGAUUAUUCUCGGAGACUUUGAUUACGACGCCAUCGACCGUGCUAACAGAGUUCUCGGUCCCAUUUACUUUGUCACCUAUGUGUUCUUUGUUUUCUUUGUUCUUCUGAACAUGUUUUUGGCCAUCAUAAACGACACGUAUUCUGAGGUGAAGGAGGAGCUCUCAUCCCAAAAAGAUGAGUUGCAGAUUACGGACAUCAUCAAACAGAGCUACAUGAAGACAUUUAUGAAGCUGAAACUCAAAAAGGAGAAAAUAUCAGAUGUUCAGAAGGCGCUACGGUCUGGAUCUGGAGAAAUCGAGUUCAAGGACUUCAGAGAAACUUUGAAAGAGAUGGGACACGCCGAUCAUGAAAUUUCUGCAGCCUUCUCACGGUUUGACCGUGAUGGGAACCAAAUUCUAGACGAAGACGAACAAGAGAAGAUGAAAAUCGAGCUGGAGGAAAAGAGGGAUGCUCUCAGCACUGAACUUAACAAUCUUGGAAUGAAUUAUGGGAAAGAAUUAAUGGAGAAGCCUGUAACGUCCAGUGAGCAGAAGAACCACUCCAAUCAAACCUCUGUAGAUCGUGAACAGUUUCUUAGACUGACCAGGCAGGUUCUCCAUCUUGAAACCUCUGUGGCCGGCAUCACAACCAGGAUUGAGUUGAUUAUGGAGAAACUGGGAUUACAGGAGAAAGCUAAAGGGAACAAAACUGCAGGGAAACUGUCUGAAGUGAGUAUGGAAAUAGGUUACAGUUGCAUCAAGACAAUAGACAUUCUUUGCUUUUUUUUCUAA